AUGGAAAAGGCGUUUGAUAAUGUUAAGUGGAAUGCAUUGUUGUGUAUCUUAAAUAAACAUGGUUUUGGGGAAAAGUGGAUUGAUCGGCUACAUUUCACUUCUUCUAAUAUUUCUGUGUUGGUUAAUGGGAGUUCUAGUGAAAAGUUUUCUCCUACAAAUGGGUCGAGACAGGGAGAUUCAUUGUCUCCUUUUCUUUUUCUUUUGGUUGUGGAAGUGUUGUCAAAAAUGUUGGAAGAUGCAGUUCAGAGAAGACAAAUUCAUGGGUUUGUGGUUGCAGAGAAUGGUAUUCAUAUUUCUCAUCUGCAAUUUGCAGAUGACACUCUUAUUUCUCUCAAUGCAGAGAAAGUGGAGGUGAGAAGACUUUUACUUAUUCUUUCUACUUUUGAAAUGUUAACUGGAAUAAAAUUGAUUUUGGAUAAAAGUUCAAUGAUAAGUGUUGGUGCUGAUGUAAACACUGAGGAGCUGGUUUUGGAGUUAGGUUGUAAAGCUGAGGCUAUGCCAAUUAAAUAUCUGGGUCUUCAUUUGGGUGUGACAACAAGAAGUUUGUCUAUAUGGGAUGAUGUUAUUCAGAGAAUGAAGAAUGUGGAGAUGAAGCUUACUAGAAUUAUGAGAAAUUUUCUUUGUGAUUCAGCUGAAGAUAGAAGGAAGAUGUGUCGGGUCUCAUGGAAGAAAAUUUUAUAUCCAGCAACAUAUAAAGUUUGUAAGGACAAAAAUGCUUCAAUUUCUGAGAUGAUUUGUAAUGGUAGACUGCAUUGUAAUACUAAAAGAAGUAUGUCAGAUGUUGAGCAGGUGGAAUGGAACCUACUGUGUAAUGAAUUAGGACCAGUACCUGAGUUUGUUGAUGAGGAAGAUGGCAUUUCUUAUGAAGAUGCUUUUACUGUAAAGAGAUGUUAUGAAAGGCAGCUGGAGACUGAUGGUGAACAUAGGUUUCAGAAAUAUCUUUGGAAGAAGCAAGUGCCAUCUAAGGUGAGUUUUCUUCUGUGGGCUUAUAUGCAUGAUUCUGUUCCUACCCUUACUAUGCUUCAACACAGAGGAAACAAUGUUGCUUCUGUCAGAUGCCAUUUUUGUCAGGAGGAGGAUGAAGAUUCAGAUCAUCUUUUUUGUAGAUUGGGAGGGAGAAGUAUAGAUGUUUGGGAGAAGAUUCACUAUAUCAUUUUUUGGAUUCUUUGGAAAGAACGUUGUGGCAGGUCUUUUGGAGCGAGACAUAAGACUGCGGAUAAACUGAUCUUGCUUAUAAAGCAAAAUGCUGUGUUGUGGCUUCAUGAAAAGUCUACAUAG